GCUUGUGUUGUGGCUCUGUGUUAGUCUUUCUCUUAAAAUCUUAAUCAAUGGAUCUGAGUCUCUUUCUCGUGCUCUCCGGUUUUGGGACUCUGAAAAGACAGGAAUUCCCUUAAAAGCAGACGACUGCCUUUUUUGAAAGCACGCAUUGUGUGUGUUUCUAGAGGAGCCCUGGGCUGGAGAAUUAACGGCAGGCUUCCCCGUUCGGUGGUUUCCAGUGGGAAAUCACUCCGGAAAGGGAGCCCUUCAGUAUCGAUUUAUUGUUUUUGUCUUUCAAACCAUUAUCUCUUUGGCUAAAAUACUGUCUGAGAAGUUCCACAGAGAUAGAGUCAGGUAAACUGGACUGGGCAGAUCUUCAGCAAGAUGGUGAUAACGGUGAUGCCGUUUUGGGGUCUGUUUGUGAUGGAAGCAUUGCUGGGUAAUAGCGAUUUCUGAUCGGUAGAGCAUGCUGGUUCUAAAAAAAUAAGUGACUGCCUAAAUGCUGUCUUUCAGCCCCCCUCCCCUACACGCUGCAUACACCCCUCCUCCCAUGACCCACACGCUUACAACAAUUCUGAAAUCGGAUCCAACUGGAAAGAUUUUCUUUGGAGAUCGGAAAGUUGUGCAGUUGGAAGUGGAAGAUGAGGCUAGAGGUCCUGCAGGCAGCCACGGAAGGGUUAACUUUAGUUGGACUGGGAGCCGGAGCCAAGUACAGAGUGUCCAUUGUGCACCCGCCCCCUCCGCCCCCUUCCAAGGAGUCACUGACUGCUGGAAUGUGACAAGGCGAAAGUUGCAGAUCUGACCUCUUCUGAACACGUGGCCGUGUCUCCAUCCCUGGGACUCUGAACCCAGCAGCUGGACCACUUUGUCCUUGGGAUUUUGGGUGUCCUCUCUUCUUAUCUUUCCCCUUUCCUCUCUUCCCUCCCACCUCCUGAGAACUCCUGAAGACUGUAGGAUUGUCAUGGAGUCCAGGGAAAUCUUAAGCAGCUCCCGGCAAAGGGGGGACGAGUCGGAAUUCCUGCCUGUCUCCUCGGCCAAGCCCCCAACUGCCCCUGGCUGUGCAGGAGAACCUUUGCUCUCUGCUCCAGGAACUGGGAAGGGGAUCCCAGUGGGCGGAGAACGCAUGGAGCCAGAGGAAGAGGAUGAACUGGGCUCAGGGCGGGAUGUGGAUUCCAACUCAAAUGCAGACAGCGAGAAAUGGGUUGCAGGAGAUGGCCUGGAAGAACAGGAAUUUUCUAUCAAGGAGGCAAACUUUACAGAGGGCAGUCUGAAGCUGAAGAUUCAGACCACCAAGCGGGCUAAGAAACCCCCAAAGAAUCUGGAGAACUAUAUAUGCCCACCUGAGAUCAAGAUCACCAUUAAGCAAUCUGGUGACCAGAAGGUGUCCCGUGCUGGGAAAAAUAGCAAAGCCACAAAGGAGGAGGAAAGAAGCCACUCCAAAAAGAAGCUCCUCACAGCCAGUGACCUUGCAGCCAGCGACCUCAAAGGAUUUCAGCCACAGGCUUACGAGCGGCCACAGAAACACUCAAGUCUCCACUAUGACCCAGGCCUCCCACAGGACGUCACCAGUGACACCUUAAAACCAAAGCACCAGCAAAAAAGCAGCAGCCAGAACCACAUGGACUGGUCCACCAACUCUGACAGUGGACCCGCCACUCAGAAUUGCUUCAUCAGUCCAGAGUCUGGCAGAGAAACUGCAAGCACCAGCAAGAUGCCCGCUCUUGAGCCCGUGGCUUCCUUUGCGAAGGCGCAGGUUAAGAAAGGCAGUGCAGGGAGCACGUGGAGCCAGCUGUCCACCAGCAGCAAAGAUCUGCUCUUGGGAGGUGUGGUCCCAUCCCCAGGCAGCCACGGCUCGCCAGCCCCGCCCAGCAGCUCUGGCGAGUGCAGCGGGCUGCAGCCCUUGGUAGAUCAGGAUGGAGGAGCCACAAAGGAGCCCCCAGAACCACCUGCUAUAGGCAGCAAGAAAAAGUCCAGUAAAAAAGAUGUGAUAAGUCAAACCAUAUCCAACCCAGACCUGGACUGGGUCAAGAAUGCCCAGAAGGCAUUUGACAAUACGGAAGGGAAAAGGGAAGGCUACCCUGUAGACAAUGCCCACGAGGCAUCACCAGCCAGGCAGAACUCGAGUUCUGUCAGUAAUCCUGAAAAUGACUCAAGCCAUGUCCGGAUUACUAUCCCUAUCAAGGCACCCUGUCUAGAUCCAACCAGCCAUAAGAGGAAAAAGAGACAGUCCAUCAAAGCGGUGGUGGAAAAGAUCAAGCCGGAGAAAGCCCUGGCUUCCGGAAUCACCAUGAGCAGUGAAGUGGUUAACAGGAUACUUGCCAGCACUGAGGGAAAUAAGAAAGAUCCCCGGGUCCCUAAAUUGAGUAAAAUGAUAGAGAACGAGUCCCCCUCAGCUGGCCUUGAAGCGGGCGGCAGUGCCGAGAAAGUCAUGCCUGGAGGCGUGACCAAGCAGCGAAAGCCCCCCAUGAUCAUGACGCCUCCAACGUGCACGGACCACUCUCCCUCCAGAAAGCUGCCAGAAAUCCAGCAUCCCAAAUUUGCUGCGAAACGGAGGUGGACGUGCAGCAAACCAAAGCCCACCAGUAUGCUCCGGGAGGCAGUCAUGGCCACGUCCGAUAAACUGAUGGUGGAACCGCCGUCCGCCUACCCCAUCACCCCGUCCAGCCCUCUGUACACCAACACAGACAGUCUUACUGUGAUCACGCCCGUCAAGAAGAAGCGGGGGCGGCCGAAGAAGCAGCCUUUGCUCACGGUGGAGACGAUUCACGAGGGGACUUCCACCAGUCCGGUCAGUCCCAUCAGCCGGGAGUUCCCCGGCACGAAGAAAAGAAAGAGACGACGCAGCUUAGCUAAGUUGGCCCAGCUGGUGCCAGGAGAGGACAAGCCCAUGAGCGAGAUGAAAUUUCACAAAAAAGUUGGAAAGCUUGGGGUACUGGAUAAGAAGACCAUCAAGACCAUCAACAAGAUGAAAACACUCAAGAGGAAAAAUAUCUUGAACCAGAUCUUAUCCUGCUCCAGCAACAUUGCUCUGAAGGCCAAAGCUCCCCCGGAGACCAGCCCGGGGGCAGCGGCCAUCGAGAGCAAAUUGGGCAAACAGAUCAACGUCAGCAAGAGGGGAACCAUCUACAUUGGCAAGAAGCGGGGCAGGAAGCCAAGAGCAGAGCUGCCACCCCCAUCCGAGGAACCCAAAACAGCCAUCAAGCACCCUAGGCCUGUUUCUAGCCAGCCGGACGUUCCAGCCGUGCCUUCCAACUUUCAGUCACUUGUGGCGUCUUCACCAGCAGCUAUGCACCCACUUUCGACGCAGUUGGGUGGGUCCAAUGGCAACCUGAGCCCCGCCAGCACCGAAACCAAUUUUUCAGAGUUGAAAACUAUGCCAAAUCUCCAGCCCAUCAGUGCUCUUCCAACCAAAACCCAGAAGGGAAUCCACAGUGGAGCCUGGAAGCUGUCCCCGCCCAGGCUGAUGGCCAACUCGCCUUCCCACCUUUGCGAGAUCGGGUCACUCAAGGAAAUCACCCUGUCCCCUGUGAGCGAGUCACACAGCGAGGAGACGAUCCCGAGUGACAGUGGCAUCGGGACGGACAACAACAGCACGUCUGACCAAGCGGAGAAGAGUUCGGAAUCCCGACGGAGGUACUCCUUUGAUUUCUGCUCCCUGGACAACCCGGAGACCCUUCCGUCCGACACCAGCACGAAGACCCGGCACGGCCACCGGCAGAAGCAUCUCAUGGUGGACAACUUUCUGGCCCACGAGAGCCUCAAGAAGCCAAAGCACAAGAGGAAACGGAAAAGCCUGCAGAACCGUGACGACCUGCAGUUUCUGGCGGACCUGGAGGAGCUCGUCACCAAGUUCCAGGUGUUCAGGAUCUCCCACCGGACUUACACCUUCUACCACGAGAAUCCGUACCCCAGCAUUUUCCGGAUUAAUUUUGAUCACUACUACCCUGUGCCAUAUAUCCAGUAUGACCCCUUGCUCUAUCUUCGCAGGACCUCAGACCUGAAGUCCAAGAAGAAGCGUGGUAGGCCCGCAAAAACCAAUGACACCAUGACAAAGGUGCCUUUUUUACAAGGGUUCAGCUACCCUAUUCCCAGUGGAAGUUACUAUGCACCCUAUGGAAUGCCUUACACAUCAAUGCCUAUGAUGAACCUGGGUUAUUACAGUCAGUACCCAGCUCCCUUGUACCUCUCGCACACGCUCGGAGCCGCGUCCCCGUUCAUGAGGCCGACGGUGCCGCCUCCUCAGUUCCACACGAGCUCCCACGUGAAGAUGUCUGGGACAGCGAAGCAUAAAGCGAAGCACGGAGUCCACCUGCAGGGGCCUGUCGGCAUGGGCCUCGGGGACAGGCAGCCGGCCCUGAACCCUCCCAAGGCGGGCGGCGCGGGGCUGGCCAGCGGUCGGCUCCACAAGAGAAAACACAAACACAAGCAUAAGCACAAGGAAGACCGGAUCCUGGGGACCCAUGACAACCUGAGCGGCCUCUUCGCGGGCAAAGCCACGGGCUUCUCCAGCCACAUCCUGAGCGAGCGGCUGGGCGGUGCGGACAAGGAGCUCCCGUUUGUGGGCGAGAAGAAUAAGCCGAAAGAGAAGCAGAAGCACCAGCACAGUGAAGCCGGCCACAAAGCUUCCAAGAACAACUUUGAGGUGGACACCCUGUCUACACUGUCACUUUCCGAUGCCCAGCAUUGGACGCAGGCCAAGGACAAAGGCGACUUGGGCGGCGAGCCUGCAGACUCGUGCCCGAAAAGGUACUCCGGCAGCGGUGGCGAUGGCGGCGGCACCAGACCCGAGAGCCUGGACGUGUUCAGUGACAUGAACCCUUCGAAUGACAAGUGGGACAGUGACAUGAGCGGGAGUAAAAGGAGGAGCUACGAGGGCUUUGGGACAUACAGGGAAAAGGACAUCCAGGCCUUCAAGAUGAAUCGCAAGGAGAGAAGCUCCUAUGAGUCUUCCCUGUCACCAGGGAUGCCAAGUCCCCACCUAAAAGUGGACCAAACGGCACCGCACAGUAAGAACGAGGGCUCCGUGUCCACCAUGAUGACCAGGAAGAAGCCAGCGGCGGUUGACAGUGUGGCAAUCCCCCCGAGCCCAGUGUUAUCGCUCCUCGCUGCCUCUGCGGCCACGUCUGAUGCAGCCAGCUCCUCCCUGAAGAAGCGAUUCAAGCGGCGGGAGAUCGAGGCCAUCCAGUGCGAGGUGCGCAAGAUGUGCAACUACUCCAAGAUCCUGUCCACCAAGAAGAACCUGGACCACGUGAACAAGAUCCUGAAGGCCAAGCGGCUGCAGAGACAAUCAAAGACAGGCAACAACUUCGUCAAGAAGAGGAGAGGGCGUCCGCGAAAGCAGCCCACGCAGUUCGAUGAGGACUCCAGAGACCAAAUGCCGGUGCUGGAAAAAUGCAUCGACCUUCCCAGCAAGAGGGGGCAGAAGCCGAGCCUGAGCCCGCUCGUCUUGGAGCCAGCAGCCACUCAAGACACCAUCAUGGCUACCAUCGAGGCGGUCAUCCACAUGGCCCGGGAGGCGCCGCCCCUGCCCCCGCCGCCCCCACCGCCCCUCCCGCCCCCGCCUCCACCGCCGCCCCCGCCUCCCCCACCCCUGCCCAAGACCCCCCGAGGAGGAGGGAAGAGGAAACACAAACCUCAGCCUCCUGCUCAGCCCCUGCAGCAGCCGCCCCCGCAGCAGCCCCUGCCCCAGGAAGAGGAGGUGAAGGCCAAAAGGCAGAGGAAGUCCCGAGGGAGUGAGAGUGAUGGCCUUCCCUAGGGUGGGUCUGGGCGUCUGAACCUGGGGCUGGGGGAACUGACACAUUGGAAGUGCAGUGAGCCGGGGUGGGGGCGGAAUCCCACGCUGCAGGGACACCGAUGCCCUUCUCUCCAGAAGCUGGGCAGGCAGAAUCGCGCCCGAUGACGGGGUGGAGCCAUCAGUAGCUCUUGGGAAAGCAAAGCAGGGGGACGCCUUCAAAAGAAGCUUGUCUGUGCUUUACAGCAGUUGCAAACCACGUGGCACUUCAGUAUGGCUAGAUCCUUUGCAGGCGAGCAGAAGACCCAUGGAGGAGCAGAAAGCCGGUGGUGCUCUCCGACAGCCACCCGACCUCCUGCAUCCAAGGUGCGUCUCUGAUUCCAUUGCAUUUGCUGGCCAGGAAAAUUGAAAGGGAAGCACCCUCAAUUAGGAAACAUUCCAAGGGGAGAAAAGCUGCAAAUUUCUCGACUGGCUUUGUUGUAACCCAUUUCCAUUUAAUUGGUUUUUACUUUUAUUUUGGUUUUUCUAAGCUCGGCUAGGCUUCGGGGCACCAACAUCAUCUUCAGGUGACCUGAAUCUUUCCGUUAACCAUACAGUUUCUCAGAUGGAUUCGUCAUCAGAAGGUGGAAUGCUAGUGAUAGGCAACCUUAGACGUGGAUCCAGAUCCUUCUGGAUGCCUCCUCUGUACCACACACUGAUACUUCGUGUAGUCAGUUCCUAGUUUUCCUUUGCCCAUUGUACUUCCCUGUACCUUUUCAUUAACUUACUUGUUGCCUUCUUUUCCUUGGUACACACCUAAAUAAUGUAAACUUUAUGUGUGUUGUAAUGUUCACCCUUGGCAUGCUGUCCCAAGGAACUUGGCUUUGAAUCCCAAUCAUUGUGAGACAGAUACUCAGUAUUGAUAGAGCCUUUUUAAUAAGUGAUUUAGAGCAGCCGAGGAUAUGUUGGCCGGGGUGUCAACCAGGUUAUUUUUAUACUUAAAACAUAUCAGCAGAGAAUAGGCAGAAUAAAAUGGUUUUAAAAACCCACAGCAAAUGGAAUAACUGACAAAUCACCAAAAAUUGAAACCCCAGACCCACCAGAAAGACAAAUGUCUAGCAAUGCCUUGGUAUGUGAAUUUUCAUACAAGUAACUAUCAUAAGUCGUUGAAAAAAGGAAACAACAAGACAAUAGAAUAAGUCCAUUAUCUCUUGGUAAUUAUUUCUUAAAAGCAAAUGGGAGUAAGUGUUCUUAUCUGGGAAAAAAAAAAAGAAAAGAAAGAAAGAAAAGAAAAUGCUCAAAGGGUAUCACCACUCCAAUUGUAUCAAGCCACCUUGGACAAAGUAUCCAAAUUGUGGUUGCCUUAAUAAACUAAAACAUUUUUGUACAUAAUGUAAUUAUAAAUCUAUCAGUCUGCAUGGAUGCAAACUGUGUGUGACAAAUCGUCUUUUAAAUGGUCAAUUUCAACUGUACAUUUCUCAUCCAAGUUGUACUCUAGCCAUCGGUUUAGCGUGGACAGAUAUUCCAUCUCUAACACCCAUUUCCACAGCUCAAGUGAAACAUGUUAAGAAGACUCAGAACGAAUAUGAAGUUAUUCCAUCACCGUAGAUGUUUUCUAAAAGUCAGAUGUGGAAAUUUCAAAUAAGUAUUUUCAAUUUCCUCCCUUCCUCCUCCCCUUACCUUCCCCAAGACAUCAAACACCUGGCAUGGUAGAUUAUAAAAAGAGAGACACUGAGAGACAGAAUUCAAUUUUCUAAUGGGAAUUAGAAUAUCUGGUUUACCUCCAAAUUAAGGUUCUUUACAGGAACUUGGGACUGGCUGGAAAUUGUAUUAUCACUUCAAAACACAACACUAUUUCCUUAGAGAUGGAUUUUUGUUGGGAACACAGGAGAAUAAGUGAUGGGGUAUCUAUGGGAGUAAAUUUUAAAAAUCCCAAGUUAAUAUGCUUGCGAACAUCACUGCUCUGUCGUGGCACCAACAAUUGGUUGAAAUUACCCACAGAGCCAUCCUAUUCUGCCCUGUCACCUUGGACUUAACAUCAUUUGCUCCCCACUAGGUCAGUCACAUUUAAUCCUAGUAAUAUGUAAGUUUAAAGGGAUGCAUUCUCCUGUACUUUAAAGCUUAUAUCAUAGAUACUCCAUUUGUGACCUAGGUGGACCUUUGGCAUUUCACACAAGUUGAACAGCAAAAUCAAACCAGCCACUUUCAAUUUGUCAUUCCCAAGCCAUGUCUGAGUGGUUCUAAAGUCACCGGAGAGGAAGAUUUAAAUUAGCCCCGCUCACCCCACCAUUGCUAUGAAAGAGCAACCAUUUUCAUUCCAAUUAAACCAUAAAGGGAUUUCUCUCCUGUCAGGCUUUGAAAAAUCAUUUCCUUCAUUCUUGCAUUUGCCCUUCUUCCAAGCAUUUCCCCAACCAAGACUGUGAGCAGACUAAACCUUCCUGCAGACGAGAAUGAGCUGGCCCCUCUCUAAACGUCUUAAAGAAGGACCCAACCCCUAAUUGACAUUAACCUCUAGUUGGAGAGAAAUUUCAGAAAAGUUAAGGAUGCGUUAGAAUUUCC